AUGUCUCAACCACAAGUUACUGUUCACGCUUUAACCGGUGAAGCUACUUCUACCGCUUUACCAUUACCAGCCGUUUUCUCUGCUCCAAUUCGUCCAGAUAUUGUCCACUCUGUGUUCAAGUCUGUUAACAAGAACAAGAGACAAGCUUACGCUGUUUCUGAAAAGGCUGGUCACCAAACCUCUGCUGAAUCCUGGGGUACUGGUCGUGCUGUCGCCCGUAUUCCAAGAGUUGGUGGUGGUGGUACUGGUAGAUCCGGUCAAGGUGCUUUCGGUAACAUGUGUCGUGGUGGUCGUAUGUUUGCUCCAACCAAGACCUGGAGAAAAUGGAACGUUAAGGUUAACCACAACGAAAAACGUUAUGCCACUGCUUCUGCUAUCGCUGCUACCGCCGUUGCUUCUUUGGUCUUAGCUAGAGGUCACAGAGUUGAAAAGAUUCCAGAAAUUCCAUUAGUUGUUUCUUCUGACUUAGAAUCUGUUCAAAAGACUAAGGAUGCCGUUGCUGCUUUGAAGGCUGUCGGUGCCUCUGCUGAUUUAUUAAAGGUCUUAAAGUCCAAGAAAUUAAGAGCCGGCAAGGGUAAGUACAGAAACAGAAGAUGGACUCAAAGAAAAGGUCCAUUAGUUGUUUACGCUCAAGACAACGGUAUUGUUAAGGCCUUAAGAAACGUUCCAGGUGUUGAAACUGCCAAUGUCGCCUCCUUAGGUUUAUUACAAUUAGCUCCAGGUGCUCACUUAGGUAGAUUCGUUAUCUGGACUGAAUCUGCUUUCUCCCAAUUAGACGCUAUCUGGGGUUCUGAAACUGUUGCUUCUGCUAAGUCUGGUUACUCUUUGCCAGCUAACAUUGUCUCUACUACUGACAUUACCAGAAUCAUCAACUCUUCUGAAAUUCAAUCUGUUGUUAGACCAGCUGGUCCAGCCACCCAAAAACGUACUCAUGUUCAAAAGAAGAACCCAUUAAAGAACAAGCAAAUCUUAUUAAGAUUGAACCCAUACGCUAAGGUUUUCGCUGCUGAAAAGUUAGGUUCUAAGAAGAUUGAAAAGAACGCUUCUAAGCCAGCUGCUGUUUUCACCGAAACCUUGAAGCACGAUUAA